AGCAGAUCCCCAUGGAGGAGAAAAGGGGCUGGUACUUCACCAUGGCAACGCUUUUCAUCAGGCUAGACGGCAUCUUCCUGGAGCUGGGCAGCGAGGAGCAGAAGCGGCUGCCCGCCUUCAACCGCACACUGGCCCUGCUCCGGCAAGUCCUCAAGUCCUCGGACCCCCACUACCGAGCUCUGGCCUGGUGCUACCUUGGGAUGCUGCUGGAAAGGAAGGACACGUUCUCUACCACCCCCAUGGGCGUCCACGACUGCGGGUACUCAGGGACUGACCCCCUGGACUGCUUUGGCAAGGCCAUUGAGAUUGCCAAGGACCAACCCUCGAUCCUGAAUCGCCUGGCCAAAAUCUUCCACUUCCUAGGAAAGCAGGAUAUGGCCAUUGGCACCUGCAACAUGGCCCUGGAUAUCCUACGAGAUCCAGAACUCAACUGGCAGGCUUACUGCACAAGGGCCAAGAUCCAUAUCAGAGCCUACCUUCAUGACCUGGAGCGGGUCAAGAUGGGGCUCGGAGGCAUGCCUGACAGGAACCACCUGGCCUGCGCCAAGGCGGACCUGGAGGAAGUGGUCAAGGUGUGCCCAGGCCUCAAGACCUACCUGGACAUCGGCCAGGUCUACUACUACAUGGGCGUGGACGCCCUGCAGGAGCUGCUGGCCGUGGACGAGGCCGCGCUGAAUCAGGCGCUGGUCUUCCUGGCCAAGGCGGGCGAGUCCGAGCUGGGCGCCACGCUGCCCGAGCUGCAGCUGCUGAGGGGCAAGUGCCUGCGCAUCAAGGGCGAGGAGGCCAACGCGGCGGCCUGCUUCAAGCGCGUGGUGGAGCUGGACGACGCGGGCUGCAGCCACGCCGAGGGCUUCGGCUGCCUGCUCGAGGCGCUGCUGGCGCAGUGGAGCCAGGCGCUGCUGAGCGACGGCGAGCUGGGCCUCGAGGUGGACGAAGUCCAGGAGGUGGCUUGA